AUGAUAUAUAGCCAGAAUAUUCGUGAGCCUGCGCUAGGCCAAAUUCAAGAUCACUUGGUCAUUUCGCUCGUCUUCUCUUGGAUUCUAGUGUUUUUUGGCGUAUUCAAAGGCUUAGGCUCGAUCGGAUGGGCGGUGUCAAUUACAGCAACUGUACCCUAUCUUUUGUUAAUAAUACUUCUUCUGAGAGGCAUUUCACUCAAGGGGGCAUAUUCAGGACUUGUAUAUUUGUUUACGAUUUGGAGAAAAGCGGCAGAAUGCGUCUUUUACUCUUUGGGAAUUGAUGCCGGUCCUCUGAUCUCAAUGGUAUAUUCCUUAAUGUGUUAUUCGCACACAAGUUUUAGGCAUCCUUUAGCAGAUACCGAAACAAUAUAUAUCGAGAUGCGGUUCUUCUUGUUAUCAUACCAACUUACUUCUCCUUCAACGUACAUUGCAUUCACAGUUUAUCCCGGUGUGACUUAUUAUCUGGAGUGGGGCUUCAUAUGGGCUGUUCUUUUUUACACAGUUUUGACUCUUUCUGCAUUGGAUGCAGAAUUUGCUUGGCAAGUUUUUUAAUUAAAAUUCUAGAAUAUAUGAGUUGCCAUCCGUUCUUCCAGGCUUGAAAUGAUUGCAA